AUGGCUCCCAGAAGAACACGCGCAAGUGCUGCUGCCGAACUUCAAGUCGAGAGUACCCAACAAACUUCGAGUCCUUCGCCUGAGCCUGCUGCUAAACGUGAGACUCGCAAGAGAGCUUCUGCAAAAUCCAUCCAGGUCAAGGAUGAAAAUAAUGCUGAAGCUUCAGAGAAGAAGUUGCCCUCGCGCAAGCGUAAAGCCUCUGCUCCCAAAGAAGAACCUGAAGAACCUCCAGUUUUCGGUGAUGAGCUCCCGCACAACCUUGGCUCUCUACCAACUCCUGAUACUGAUGAUGUUGAUGGAAACAAACAAACAUCGCCUGCUCCCAAGAAGAAGGCCAAGCGUGCAGCAAAAGCCAAGCAGAUUGCCUCGCCUGAGGCAGACGUCAAGUCUGAGGUCAAGACUGAAACCACUUCUCCGGAGGUCAAGGCUGGUGGAAAGACCAAGAAGAAGGCUACCAAGGCAAAGAGCCACAAGCUCACUCCUGGCGAAACUCCUUAUCCCGAUUACGCUCAUCCAACCUCAGAGGAGUGUUAUGAAGUCGAACGUAUCCUCGCUAAGAAGCACGGCAAGGUCACGGCGCCAAAGUCAAUCCCAUUGCCCUCACUGGAAGUUACUGGCUGCGGUGAGGUUCCUUCGGUAUUGGACGCCUUGAUCAGAACCAGACUGUCAGCUGCGACGACUGGUAAGAAUUCGUCAAAUGCUUUCAAAGGUCUCGUCAAAACUUUCGGUAUUCUCCAGGAGGGCGUCGGCAAAGGUAGUGUCGACUGGAACAAGGUGCGUCUCGCAUCUCAGCCAGAAGUCUAUGAAGCCAUCAAGAGCGGAGGUCUUGCCAAUGCCAAAAGCAAAGACAUCAAAGAAAUCUUGGACAUGGUGUACGAGGAAAAUCAAGCUCGAUGCGCAGCGCUGAAGGAGGAGAGAGAGGCUAAAGCCGAAGGCCCAGCUGGCUCUGAAAACGAACCUGCUCAGGAAAAGAACACUGAGAUUCAGCGCGCUGAAUCUGGUGUGCUCUCGCUCGACCAUCUGCAUCUGCUCUCUAGCGAAGAUGCGUUCGCCCGACUGGUCAAAUUCCCUGGUAUCGGUCCUAAGACAGCCUCAUGUGUCUUGCUCUUCUGUCUGCAACGCCCUUCGUUUGCUGUCGACACUCACGUCUUUCGCCUCUGCCAGUACCUCGGUUGGGUACCGAAAGAAGUCCAGAAGGGCCAGCCUCCCGUCAACCGCGAGACCACUUUUGCACACUGCGAAGCACGUGUCCCUGAUGAUCUCAAAUACCCACUGCAUCAGCUUCUCAUCAAGCACGGCAAAGAAUGUCCCAGAUGUCGCGCUGCCACGAGCACAAACAGUGAACGUUGGGAGGAAGGUUGCCCAAUUGAGCACCUGGUCUCAAGACAUGGCGCCAAGAAGGGAGAAGUGUCACCUGCAGGCAAGGCAGCUCCAAAGACCAAGAGAGCUGCUGCCGCCAAGAAAGGCAAAGGCAAGAAGAAGGUCGACGGCGACAGCGAAGAGGCUGAGAGCAGCGAUCUCAGCGAUGUCGAAAGCGAUGAUGACUACGACGAGUGA